AAAACCCUGUAUUUUGAGUUAUAAAAUGGAAAAAGAAAAAUGCAUUCCACAUUACACCACAGCCUGUUGCAAGUAGAAGCUGGUUGAGCCCUGUUUGCUGGUAUGCACAGGGGAUGCAAAGGCACCUCCGCAUGCCGGUGCUGCUCUGCUGGCCGGCUGCGAGCAGGGGAAGACACAGGGCUUCGCUGCGGGAGAGCAGCGCUUUGUGGCUUCGGAUUUCUGGGGCUCUGGAGAUGGGUUUGGUGAAAUUGUUCUCCAAAGUUAGAGGAAAGCUGAUGAAACCUGUUGUGGUGCUUUGGUCUCCAGUGUGGGAAUGAGUUUCUUCAGAUAAAAGCAGUGUUUGCGCAGAUGCUGCCUUAAUUGAAGUCCCCGUGAGCAAACAGCAAAUUAAUUCUGCCUUCCUGACUUUAACUCCUUCUGUACCUGAGCACUUGUCCUUUCCACCUGCUGAGAAGAAAUAACAAGAUGCGCCGUGGGUAUUUUGAAAUAUUAACUGACGAAAACAGAGAGUUGUGCAACAUGCUUUGAGCCACCAAACGUUUGCAGGGCUUUGUUCAUCAGUUUGCUGCUUUCAUGUCUCCAGAAAGGACGUGUAUGUACUUCACAGAAAAAUAAGUUAUUGAUAACAGUCUUGCAAAUGCCUCUGCUGUGUGAGCAAGCAUGCAAGGAGGCAGGAUGGUAGUGACGUUUUUUACCCCUUUUUCCCGUUACGCUUUAUCUUCCGCCUGACUUUUGUGCUCGAGAUGAAUGUUAGAGGUUGCUGUUUCCUACCUUUCUGUCAGGCUCCUCGUUAGCAGGGGCACGCAGUCCCGGCAGCUGGGGCUUUGCCGGCUCACACGCUCCCGCUUCCCGCUCGGAAGGUUCCCAUUCAUUCCGGAUUGGUGCGGAGCCCGCAGCCCUGGCACCCCCCCGCCCCUCACCGCGCCUCCGGGACGCCAGCUUAGCAUUCACUGGGAGGGAUGCGCUGCUGCUCUCCCCGUAGACCUCCAGGCUGCUGGUUGGAGCCAUCAGGGAGCGGGAGGAAGAAUUACCCUGUGUGUUUGUGUGGCUGCGCUCCAGUAAAUAUUUUGAUGCAUCCGCUGCCAGCUCUGGUCUAAGGGAAUCUACCUAGCAUUUAAAUUUUGAUGGGGAGCUGUUCUGAAUAAUAACGGUGCAGCCGGCUGUGAGUCAGUGCAUGUGUGUUGACUAAAAAAAAAAAAAAAGCCCUCCAAGCUUAACGCUUGCUGAACGCUGAGCUGCAGUGCUUCGCUUUUCCCUCCUCCUUUCUUCUUUUCUUUCUUCCCUCGACUUCCUCUGUUUUGUUUGGUUCUCGUGGGCAUUUCAUGUAGAUUUUGUGCACCGGCGGUGGGAGGGAGGGGAGUGAGAAGAAUCAAAAAAAAAAAGCCCAGCCAAAAUAAAUCCUCCACAAAAACUCCCGAGUAGCGUUUGCAAUGGGUGCUGUAAUGGGCACGUUCUCCUCUCUACAAACGAAACAAAGAAGACCAUCAAAAGAUAAAAUUGAAGAUGAAUUAGAAAUGACUACGGUGUGCCAUAGACCCGAAGGCCUGGAACAGCUCGAAGCACAAACCAAUUUCACUAAAAGAGAGCUUCAGGUGCUUUACAGAGGAUUUAAAAAUGAAUGUCCUAGUGGAGUUGUUAAUGAAGAGACAUUCAAACAGAUCUACGCACAGUUUUUUCCUCAUGGAGAUGCCAGCAUGUAUGCGCAUUAUCUCUUUAACGCGUUUGACACUGCCCAGAAUGGCUCAGUGAAGUUUGAGGAUUUUGUGAUGGCUUUGUCCAUUCUGUUGCGGGGAACAGUUCAUGAAAAGCUAAGAUGGACAUUUAACCUGUACGACAUAAAUAAGGAUGGCUAUAUAAACAAGGAGGAGAUGAUGGAUAUAGUAAAGGCAAUUUAUGAUAUGAUGGGGAAGUACACAUAUCCUGUGCUGAAGGAAGAUGCUCCGAGGCAGCACGUAGAAGUGUUCUUCCAGAAAAUGGAUAAAAACAAAGACGGUGUUGUAACUUUAGAUGAGUUUAUCGAGUCGUGUCAGGAGGAUGACAAUAUCAUGAGGUCCUUACAGCUCUUUGAGAACGUCAUGUAACCACGUCUGGAAAGCACUGGAAGAGUCAGAGACUGCGUGUGUAACAAAGACCUCCUUUCUGGGUGAAAGCUUUUUAUAAUUCAGCCAUGUUCAAUUCAGCCAGUGUGUGAGGAUUUUGUAUGACAUCUUCAACCAAAUGGCAACUGAAUGCAACUGAUCCCAUCUCUCCUCCACAAGAGACAACGGUGGACCUCUAUUUCAUUUUGGAAGCAUGCGAAUACUUUACUAAAACCUGACGAGAGAGCUGCUGCUCGAAGCUCAAUGAGAAAUAUACAGCAUUCUGUCUGCAAGCCACAAGUCCUGCUUUAAUCUGGCAAGCUUGAUUGCGUAUGAUAGCUCAUGUUGAUAGUAUACUCCGCCAUCUAUUACAAGCAAAAAGCUCAGUCCAUACAACCAUAUGGCAAAAUGUUUUAUGGAUGCCUUGCCUCUAAUCUGCUUUGACAAAAAAAAAAAAUCAAAUCUAUGAGGGCCAUCUGUUUUUAAAAAAAAAAAAAAAAAAAAAGAGCGAAUGUACCUAGGACGUUAAGCAGACAGCCCGUGUAGCCAGCAUCCCCAUUUCUGCAGAGAUGUUGCUUCUAUUCUCUCAUGCACUGGUGCCACCAGGCUGAGGCUGGUGGAGGUAUUCCUGAACACGUUCACUAGAGGAACUUCAUGCCAGGGGUUAGUCAGAAAGGAGCAAAGCAUGCGUUGCACAUAGAUGUCAAACUAUCAGACAGAACAAAUCUGUUCAAUGAUGGUAAGUUGUUGCUGGACCAGGUAGGUUUACAAGGGCUGGUAGAGGAAGAUGAAUACCUGCUGUGGUCCCAGCCAUGUUCUGCUGUCCCGGUAGGUUGUGGGACACCAAGCAGUUCUCCAUUGUGCACCUCAGCAGCACCAUGACCGUGUGCAGUGGUCCUUUUGCUGUAGUUUGGCACCUGCUUCCUAGAUGUGUCACUUGAGCAUUUGUAUUUUUCCAUUAGAUGUUAAAGCAAAGUGUUUUCUACUCUAUGGAUUUAUUUAAGCUUUCCAGAUUUCCUUACAGCAGAAAAGAGCCAGGUGGUGCAGCUGUGUUUCCACGUAAGGGCCUCUGCACCCACAAAGUGCCACAUAAAUCUAAUUGGCACCUACGUGGUUGCUGUUAGUUUCAGAUUUGUCUGCCAGGGUAGCUCAACAUUUUCUAUAGCAAGAUCUUUAUCCCACAAGGCAGUUGCAUGACUCGUACAAGCCCUGUUUCCUUACUAAUGCCCCAUAGAGCUCUCUUUUGGGGGAUUGUUGAUUUGCUUCUUUCAAGAGUAAAACAGAAGGAGUCAUGUAACGAAUUUGUACCAAGGUUGGAUUAUGCCCAGUAGAAGUGUCUGCUGAGGAACGUGUCAGCCUGCUUUGCAGAGGACUCUAAGGACAUGGUUUAGUGGGGUUAUUGGUGGAUGGUUGGACUAGGUGAUCUUGUAGGUCUUUUCCAACCUAGCUAAUUCUAUGAUUCUAUGAAAGUGGCUGUUCCCAGGCAGCUGAUGGCUGGGAAACCAAGGGAAGGAGGGAACAGCCACCUGUGCCAGCCGCACGCACCACACACAAAGGAGAAUCCCCUGUCCUAGUCCAGCAUCGCUCCUGUCCAGUAAGCAUAUAUUUUUAUUAUGUCAGAUACUAUAUUGCAAAUAUACUGUUGGCACUGAAGAUAUAUUUUAAAUAUUAUGCAAGUGGAAGCUUUUUAUAACACUAAAUAUAUAGUAUGCCUAAUUUCUGUAGCCCUAUGUUUUAUAAAAAUUUAAUCUAUUGAAAUAUUCCUGAUUACAGAAGUAGGUCUGAUCAGUAGUAGAGUAAUGCUAUGUGUAUUCCUCAAGAUGGGACAUCUUCCCUUUUACUGUGCUUCUGCAUACACUUCUGUGUGGUCUUUGCUUUAUUCCCCCUAGCUGACCACUUGUCGUCAAAAUAGCUGGUCAGCUGAGGGAAGUUACUUGUACCGUGGAAUGACACCUUAGUCUGUCCUGUUCGCUGCCUUGCACAGAAAUACCAUUAAUUAAUUCCUUCUGGUGACUAUAUGGAGCAUAGGAGCUCCAGUGAUGUGCUGGGAUCCACAGAAGGGAUGCAGUGUUGUGAGAGGAGCCCUGUCUUCCAGUUGUCCAAUUAUUGUCUAUUUAGUUUUUGUUUAAUAGGCACUUGAUAAAGACAUCAGCUGUAGCUGGAAUAAUGCCCAAAACAUACGUUUUUCCUUCGUGAUUCUUCUUGUAAUCACUGCAGCAAAUAACAGAAUUCAAUGUAAUGGGCAGCCUGCUUUUUUUUUCCUUCAUCCCUAACGAGCACCUGUCCUUCGUCAGUCUGAGCAGGUGACUUCACUGGUCAAAGGGCCAAAAAAAGGGAAAACAAACGUUUGUGCUGAGUUAUGCAGUGUCUUUCACCUCCAACAGUGAUGCUCCAAAUGUGCUCAUGAGAUGGCAUACGUAGCCUGAACACUUCUCAGAACUGGAACGUGCCUUUUUCAAUAGAACAGAAACAUUAUUAGUUGUGUGAUACCUGUAGUCCCUGGAGCUAAAUGAAUUUCUGGAGCCACUCUGAUGAAUUUGGCCUCAGCUGUGUUUUCAGUCUCUGCUAGCAGACGUGCUGUGUCCCAGGGACCAGGACUGCUCUGGGUCAAGCAUGGCCUGACUGAGCAAUGUACCUGAAACAUCUGGAUGUUACUCUCAAUGUAUCUUUAAGUGCACUGCUGAAGCCAGGUUACCAUUAGUGCCCCUACACUUUUGGUAUUUCCUCUUCUGUGCUGCUGUAGUUCUUCUCAGCUCCCAGUAAAGAUGGGCGUGCAUUAAGUAGAGAGGGAGAUGCUGAAAGCUGCUCUGGUCCUGAUUCUGCCCCUAAGCCAUAACCAGAGCUCAGCUGCACGUACCUGCUGUUUGGUCCUGGGUUGCUACUUCUCUGCUCCCCUCAAGAUGCCAGCAGAGACCCAGCCAGGCUGAGCAGCAGGCCCAGGGGAACCUCAUGGGGUUCAAUAAAUCCAAGUGCAAGGUCUUGCACCUGGGUCAUGGCAACCCCUGCUAUCAGUACAAGCUGGGGGAUGUAAGGAUAGAGCACAGCCCUGCUGAAAAGGACCUGGGGGUACAGGUGGAUGGCAGCUGGAUGUGAGCCAGCACUGUGCCCUCGCAGGAAAUGGCUACAAACGAAAAGAGGGGAGAUUUAGGUUGGAUAUAAGGAAGAAGUUUUUUUACGAUGAGGGCAGUGCGGCAGUGGCACAGGUUGCCCAGAGAGGUGGUGGGUACCCCGUACCUGGAGACAGCCUAGGUCAGGAUGGAUGGGGCUCUGGGCACCUGACCUGAUGUAGGUGUCCCUGUUGAUUGCAGGGAGUUGGGCUGGAUGACCUUUAUGGGUUCCUUCCAACUCAAACGAUUCUGUGAUUCUAAGCCUGUUGCUAUGAUAGGAGGAUGUGCCAAGUGACGCACAACAGCAGUAUUUCCCGUAGCUCUGAUUGUAAAUUCUGGCUGUGACAGAGCAGCUUUCUUUGGGAAACCAUUUAUUAUCCUGUGUUAGUCUACGAUCCCACUGAUAGCAGCCAGAGGCUUGUGAGCAUUGGAGCCCGGGGGCCUCGGGGCUUUCUGAGAGCAGCACCUAUGCACGUGUGCCCCGAGCAGCAGGUGGCAGAGAUCCAGUGACCGUGAGAGAGUCGUGCUCUGCAUGGAAAUGUCUUUGGGUUUGCCUUUUAUGUUCUUGGUGAAUGUUAGUUUGUAAGCUUGCAAAGCCUCUCAUCGCUCAUAAAUGAGGCUUGCAAUAUUUAUGGCAAAUACUUACCGCUCCGGCGUUCUAAAUAAAACAUGGUAUGCUGUUCUGAUCUCCUGUCGCCAUCAAUCCUCCUGCCGGUUCAUGGAAGGUAGCUGCUGCUCUGGCUUCUAAGUUACAGUUAGACUCUGUCAGUGCUAUCAGCUGUGCGCAUUUUCUUGAAGCUGUGAAUGUUUCAAUAAUGUCUGCAUUGUAAUUCUGACUGUUUCACUAGUUACAAGCAUUAAUCUGCAUUUUCAUGCCAGUGUUUUCUAAAGAAAAAGCCUUUCUAACAUGUGCUUUAGGCAACCAUCUGCUGAAAAAUAGGAAUAUGAUUAAUGAUGAUGCAAAAACAGAAAAGCAAACAGCAAUGUAAUUUGUCUGUUAUCGUCGAUGUACGUUUUCCUGUUACUUUUGAAUGCACUGCAAUACUGUGAGUAACUGUACGUGGAGUUGUGAACCUGAGGGUGCGGAUAUCCGAAGGUUCCGGCGCCGUGGGCAGGACUUUGGCCCUGCCUGCCUGCGGCACGCGGUGAGAGCAGAGCAUCUUUGUGCCCGUGUGUGAUCGCUGGUAAGAUGGCAGCAGCUCCCUGCUCGUGGAAGUGCCGUGAAAGACUUGUGGACGAGAGCUGCUGCUAUCCAUCGUGCUACUGAUGCCACGCGGGCGGAGCGGCGGUGCGGAGCUCCUCUUACAAACGCUGUGAUCCGAUGGCAGUUUGUAUUACGUUUUGUUGAAUGGUUUUAAAAAUAUUGAUUUUAAUAAUAAAAACUACAUGUCUGUAGGAGGGUGUCCUUCUGUAA